AAGAAAAUCUUUAAAUGGCGAAGAGAUUUGGUGGUCUGCUUCUUUUUUAUUGCUCAAGCAAUGCGGGGUUGUUGGGUUCAAUUCAACAAUUACAAUGGCGAAAGGAAGGUCACGUGGGCAGAAAUGGACGCAGGCGUUUUUCAUGCUCUCCCUCCUUCUUCUUCUUCUAAUGCUAUUCACUCUUGGAAUCCUCUCGCUUUCAAACAGCACCGAUGGUUCUCCCAGGAGUGAAGGGUUUGGAGAGAGGGUGGAGCAGUGGACUGAAACUCUUUCUUGGGAGCCCAGGGUUUUCAUUUAUCACAAUUUCUUGUCCAAGGAAGAAUGUGAGCACAUUAUAAGUCUUGCCAAACCUCAUAUGAGAAAGUCAACUAUUGUUGAUAGCAAAACUGGCCGGGGAAUAGAAAGCAGGGUUCGUACGAGUUCUGGGAUGUUUCUGCACAGAGGACAGGAUAAAAUUAUUAGGGAUUUAGAGAGAAGGAUAGCAGAAUUCACACUCAUACCUGUAGAGCAUGGAGAGGGACUUCAAGUUCUCCACUAUGAAGUAGGGCAGAAAUAUGAACCUCACUUUGAUUUUUUCCAUAAUGAGCUCUAUACCAAGAAUGGGGGGCAGCGGCUUGCUACUCUUCUUAUGUAUCUGUCAGAUGUUGAAGAAGGAGGCGAGACAGUGUUUCCUGCAGCAAACCAAAAUUUUAGUUCUGUGCCAUGGUGGGAUGAGUUAUCUGAAUGUGGUAAAAAGGGUCUCUCUGUCAAACCAAAAAUGGGUGAUGCAUUGUUAUUUUGGAGCAUGAGCCCUAAUGGCAAACUAGAUCCCUUGAGUUUGCAUGGUAGUUGCCCUGUGAUUAGAGGGGACAAGUGGUCAUCUACAAAGUGGAUGCGUAUUGAGGAGUUCAAGGUUUAAGCCAUUGGUUGUAAAGACCAGGAUGAGUAUGUCAUGAAGAUCCUAGCUGGUAGUGUAAGUAGUAAUUCAAACAAAGUUUCAACUCAAUGUGGUUUCCCUUCCAACUCAGCUGCCUUACUUAAGCGUUCACUUGAUGUACUCCCAUACUUUUGACAUGCAAAUUUUUUAGGAGAUAGAAAGUCAAUUGCAAAUGUUCUGUCCUAGCCAACUGUAAACUGACAGAAUAAUCAACUGAGUUUUAAGUGCUUAUAAAUCCUUAUCCUCUCUUCUCAUGGGACCUGUUUGUUCGCACAUCCAACCCUUUUUUGUUGUCC